CUCCACACCACAUCAGAAUAGGGUGGGUGGAGGAGAGACUGAUACUUUGACUACUGAGUAAGAAGAAGCAGCAGCGCCAGAGUGAAGAUGAGGAAAAAGGUCGGUGGCAGUGCUGUGCCAACAUCAAUGAUUGUAAUGGCAGUGAUGAUAUGCUCACUCAAGUUAAUGGGUGUUUCUGCUUCGCAACUCAGACGAAAUCUGCUUGCCAAUGGCCUUGGAGUGACUCCUCCAAUGGGGUGGAAUAGUUGGAAUCACUUCAACUGCAAAAUUGAGGAGAAAACCAUCAAAGAAACUGCUGAUGCUCUGGUAUCCACUGGUCUCUCUAAACUUGGAUAUAACUAUGUUAACAUAGAUGAUUGCUGGGCAGAAAUAGCUCGCGAUGUAAAGGGUAAUCUAGUGGCCAAGAAAUCAGCAUUUCCAUCAGGCAUUAAAGCUCUUGCGGAUUAUGUCCACAGCAAGGGUCUUAAGCUAGGAAUCUACUCAGAUGCAGGGUACUUUACUUGCAGCAAAACUAUGCCUGGUUCACUUGGUCAUGAAGAACAAGAUGCCAAUACCUUUGCUGCUUGGGGCAUCGAUUAUUUGAAAUAUGAUAACUGUUAUAAUGAUGGCUCAAACCCAACAGUUAGAUACCCUGUAAUGACCCGAGCUCUAAUGAAAGCCAGCCGUCCCAUAUUCUUCUCUCUCUGCGAAUGGGGAGAUAUGCACCCUGCUUUAUGGGGUGCCAAGUUAGGAAAUAGCUGGAGAACUACAAAAGACAUUUCUGAUACAUGGGAAAGUAUGGUCUCCAGAGCAGACAUGAAUGAAUUUUAUGCUGAAUAUGCCAGGCCUGGUGGUUGGAAUGAUCCCGACAUGCUUGAAGUGGGAAAUGGAGGAAUGACAAAAGAUGAAUAUGUAGUUCAUUUUAGCAUAUGGGCAAUCUCAAAGGCUCCCCUUCUUCUUGGUUGUGAUGUCAGGAAUAUGACAAAAGAGACUCUGGAGAUCGUUGCAAAUAAAGAGGUCAUCUCUGUCAACCAAGAUCCACUUGGUGUCCAAGCUAAAAAAGUUAGACUGGAAGGAGAUCUUGAGAUCUGGGCUGGGCCACUUUCAGGGUACAGAGUAGCUUUACUCCUUAUCAACCAAGGUCCUUCGAACAAUUCCAUUACAGCUCAAUGGGAAGACGUAGGCAUCCCCCCAAAUACUGUUGUUGAAGCAAGAGACCUUUGGGAGCAUAAGACACUCAAGACGCGAUUCGUUGGAAACUUGACAGCCACCAUGAACUCUCAUGCAUGUAAAAUGUAUGUGUUGAAGCCAGUCUCAUGAGUACCAUGAAUGAAUUCAGUAGGAUAUUCUGAAUUUCAAAGCUCAAGGUGCAUGAAUGAAUUCAGUAGGAUAUUCUGAAUUUCAAAGCUCAAUAUGCAUGAGCUUCAUCACUAGGCAAUUAAAUAAUAUUCUGUCUUCUCCUCAUCUGUUUGACCAUAUGCUCGCUCGUUCCGGAACCAUCCUUUCUUUCCGGCUCAAAUAGUCACCUCGUCAAAAAUAAGGACUAAUUUUUGUGUACGUGCAUUUGCUCAUCAUUGCAGGCUACAAAUUGCAAAUCCUUUGUAGCCUGCAAUCUUUCUCUAUGAGCUUACAAAGGAGAAGACGAGCAUCAUGAUUUUAUGAAUUUUAUGUAAUUUUAUGGAUUCGGCUCCUCUAAAGUGAGGAGGGUGUGAAUUUACUUUAAUUUCAUAAAAUCUAUACUUUCGGUUUAA